AUGAACACGUCAGCGUCAGCGUCGUCGCUGGCCUCGCUCGGGUCGCCCAUGGCCUCGCCGUCGCCAGUACGGCGACUCUCGUUCGCCACCCAUGGCCCUGAGGCCUUUGAGCGGCUGCUUGGCCCGGGCCUGGACGCGGUGUGCGCCGCGGCGGGCGCACCGGGCCUCUCGUUUGCGCUGAUCCACAGCCUGGCACUUGCGCUCUCGCACGCACCGGCCCAGGUGCUGACGCCGCCGGCAUCACCAGGUCCGCGAUCGGUGGCUAACGGGCCGGAAACUCUGGUUGCGACGGCGGGCGGUGUCGAUCUCUCGGUCUCAGCGCCGGUCACGCCGCUGAGGCGCUCGCCGUCGCUGCUGUCGUCGCUAGACGAGCUUGUCCGGGUGGUGGUGGUCGACGAGAUGGCAUCAGUCGGCGGUGAGGUUGUAGUGGGUACUGGCUUUGCUGAUGAGGUGGUCGAUGCAGUGGUGGCUGGUCUUGCGCCGCUGCGGUUGUCGCCGGUCCGUGCAGUGCCACGGUCGCGGACGCACUCGCGGCCGUCGUCGCCGCCGACGCUCGUCGCCACCUCACAAACGCUCUCCGGCUUGCUGGCGGUCCCCGGCCGGUGCACCUCGCCGAUAUCACCGGGCUCGAGUCUCGACUCGGAAUCUGGCUCGUGUGGCUCCGGCUCGAGCUCAAGCUCGGAGCCAGAUGCUGACUCGGGCUACAAGCUCGUGCUCGGGCUCGGGGUGGUGCUCAUCUCGGACGCGCUGGCGGCGUCUCUGAACACCUCGGUUUGCGGCGGCAGUGAAAGGCAAGGAUCUGCGUUCAACGAGGCGCGGCAUGCGUCGGGCGCGGCGCUGUCGACGAUCUCGCUGUCAGAAGUGGUACUGCUCGACAAGGUGGGCGAGGGCUCGUUCGGGGCUGUGUAUCGCGGGCGGGUAUGGGGUGUUGAUGUAGCAGUCAAGACGCUUCGCGACGAGGCUGUGUCUGGUGACGCGGGUGCGGUCGACGACAUGGUCCACGAGAUCGAGGUCCUCUCACGGCUGCGACACCCGAACAUCGUUCUGUACAUGGGUGCGCUGGUGGAGGAGCGCGGUGUGUUUAUCGUGACCGAGUUUCUGGAGGGCGGCUCGCUGUUCAUGCUCCUGCACGAGACUUCCGAGGUGUGCGACAUGGAGCACGUGCUGCGACUGGCACACGAGGCCGCGUUGGGCGUGGCGUACCUGCACGGACUGCGGCCGCCAGUCAUCCAUCGCGAUCUCAAGUCUGAGAACAUGCUUCUCGACGAGUCCGGGACGGUCAAGGUGGCCGACUUUGGGCUCUCGGUCAUUGCGUCACGGGCGGGAGUGGUAGAGACGGCUGGGACGUUCCAGUGGAUGGCGCCCGAGAUGCUCCGCGGCGAGGCGUAUGGCCCUGCAGUCGACGUCUACUCGUUCGGCGUCUUGCUCACUGAGCUUGUGACGCGGCAGCUCCCGUUCCGCGACCAGCUUGACGAGCGGACGCUUCGCGACAUGGGCGAGCUGCUGGACGCUGUUCGCGAUGGGACGGCCAAGCCGACACUGCCGGCGUGGCUGGCCGGCCCACUCGCGGCGCUCAUCAACGACUGUCUGGAGACCAAGGCCGAGGCGCGCCCCGAGAUGGCGCGGGUAGCGAAGCGGCUGCGAGUCCUGCGCGGACAGAUUGGCCUGCGGGAGCUCGAGGUCCCGCGCAUCCACCACUGGCUCCGGCAGCGGCACGAGCGGCUGCACGAGGUGGCGCUGCGGCAGAUCGCGUGGCUCCACAUGGACACCCUCGUAGAGCUUGGACCGCAGUUCCUCUCGUCGCUGACAUCGCUGAUCUGGAAGACGCCAGCGUCUGCGGCCAACUUGCUGUACCACCUGUUCCAGGCACUGGAUCGGCUUCUACGAAACGCGACGGCGCGGGCCCACUUUGUCAGCUCAAGCGACGAGGGCAUUCCGCUGCUGGCAUCUCCUGCAGCAGCGGCGCUUAUCCAGGACGCGCUGCUCGAACUCGGCAUGCUCAAGCACUUGUUUCUGCUCGAGGAUGCAACGCCUGCGGCGUCCAAGCUGCUCGCAGUGCUCGGCGGCGCAAGCCAUUUGCGGCCGAACCCGACAGCGCCAGCGUCGCCGCGAUCGCCGAGCCUCGCCGGCGGCUCGAGCUCGAUGAUGGCGUUGUCGAUGUCGCUCCGGUCUGUGGCGGCACUGAUCGCCGACACUGCAGCGCGACUGGAUGAGCUCGGCCACGGGCCAGCCAUUGCUGCUGGCGGUCAGAUGCUGACCGACACGCUAGCCCAGCUCGAAGCACUUGUGUCGAGCACAGCGGCGGGUGGCGGAAGCCGCGGCGGCGGAGACGGCAUCGACUCGCCGCGGCUACGAGCAAUGGCCACCGGCUCUGCGCGAGUUAUGCCAGCAACCGAGGCUGUGCGUCGCGACAUAGCGGCAGCAUCUGCACUCCCAGGCCAUGUCCUCACUGACGCGUCGUCCCCAUCGCGGCGGCUGUCGCUUCCCGACCUUGCCGCCGCGCUCCCUGGAGGCAAUCAUGGAUAAUCGAAAGCGAAGGAGACCAAAGUUUGAUUCUAGCAGAGGUGUGUGACGAUGGUGCUGUCGCACGAGUCAUUCGCCAAGGUGGG